GCACCGCCUAGAGAUGGCGCGUUCAUUCGUGCAACCCUUUCACGCUCAAAACGGGCUACACGUGACAGAACCCGGUGUUCGCGUGUCGUGAGAGAAAAGUAGAGGUGUGCGAGUAUAACCUUCUUCGGAGCACGAUCAAGUGGACGAUAGGAAAAUGUCGUGGCUGUUCGGGUACCGCAAUUCGCAGGUGCCGUCGGACUUCUCGCAAUUCGUGCCGCCGACGGGUAGCGGCAGCGGUGAUGGCGACGACGGCGGCGGUGGUUCUCCCCCGAAGAGGAUGACCAAGUCACAAAUGGAUGCGUACAUGUUCGACUCGGGCGCUUUGGAGCGUGCCGCCGGUGCCGCUAAGGAACUCGAACGAUCCAGAUAUGCGAAGGAAGCUUUGGAACUGUCGAAAAUGCAGGAGACCACCAAACAGGUGGAAUCACAGACUGAGAUGAAGAAGUACGAGGCCAGUAUGGAACAGCUCAAGUUGGAGCAGAAGCGGGUAGAGGGUGAGGAAAGGAGGAAAACCGUACAGGAGGAGACGAAGCAGCACCAAAUGAGGGCGCAGUAUCAGGAUCAGUUAGCUAGGAAGCGUUACGACGAACAGUUGAUCCAGCAGCAGAAGAUGAACGAGGAGAAUCUGAGGAGGCAGGAGGAAUCGGUGGCCAAGCAAGAAGCCAUGAGGAAAGCCACGAUAGAGCACGAGAUGGAAUUGAGGCACAAGAACGAGAUGAGGAAACUGGAGGCGGAACUCAAGGCCAAGGCAAAGAUCGACAGAGAGAACCACGAUCUCAAUCUCGAACAGAUUAGGCUGAAAGCCUCGGAGAAGAGGAUCACAGUUUUAGAAUCUAUAAAAACAACUGGCUCAGUGUUAGGUUCGGGAGCCAAGGCCCUCCUGGAAGAUUGGGACAAGAUCACCGCGGCGGUUGCCGGUCUGUCGCUGCUAGCCUUCGGGGUGUACACCGCCAAGGGUGCGACCAGCGUGGCGACGCGCUACAUCGAGUCCCGCUUGGGCAAGCCGUCGUUGGUACGCGAGACCUCGAAAUUCGCGCUGCUGGACGCGCUCCGGCAUCCGAUACAGACGGCGAAGAGGAUGAGAUCCAAGCAGUCCGACGCACUGUCCGGCGUGAUACUCGCGCCGGAACUGGAGAAGAAGCUGCGCGACAUCGCGAUAGCCACGAAGAACACGAGGCGCAACCGUGGUAUGUACGGGAACAUACUGAUGUACGGGCCACCGGGCACCGGUAAGACUAUGUUCGCGAAGAAGCUGGCCCAGCACUCGGGCAUGGACUACGCGAUUGCCACGGGUGGCGACAUGGCGCCGCUCGGUAGGGACGGUGUCACCGCUGUUCACAAGAUAUUCGACUGGGCGUUGACGUCCAGGAAGGGCCUGAUGCUAUUCAUCGACGAGGCAGACGCGUUCCUGAGGAAGCGCUCGAGCGAGCAUAUCUCGGAGGAUCUCAGGGCUACCUUGAACGCGUUCCUCAACCGUACCGGCGAGCAGAGCGACAAGUUCAUGCUGGUGCUCGCGUCGAAUACGCCGGAGCAGUUCGACUGGGCCGUGUGUGACAGGCUGGACCAGAUGGUGGAGUUCACUCUUCCGGGUCGCGAGGAGCGCGAGCGUCUCGUCCGGCUCUACUUCGACAAGUUUGUCCUCCAGCCGGCGAUCGAGGGUAACAAGAGGCUGAAGGUGGCACAGUUCGACUACAGUGCGCUGUGCAGCAAGAUGGCCGACCUGACGGAGGGCAUGUCCGGCAGAGAGCUGGCGAAACUGGGUGUCAGCUGGCAGAUGGCAGCCUACGCCUCGGAGGACGGCGUCCUGACGGAUAAUAUGGUCGUGAACUGUUGCGCCGAGGCCAUCAAACAGCACAAACAGAAGGUGCACUGGCGAAGCGAUGAAGAGAAGCAGGAGUCAAAGUCGAUAUACGCCACUAAGGAGGACGUGGUCAGCCAUCCGAUUAUUUCAAAGGCCCCGGCGAUAGAGCCGUAUCCUGCAGGCACCACUGUAGCUCCAGCUUAAGCGAGGGUUGCGAUUAUUGUUGGUCUUUUCUGAGAAUCGGGCUAACGGAAGUUAGUACUAAUAAAAGAACGGGGAGGAGGGGACAAGUACAAAGUGCCGCUUGGAAAAGAAUUAUUCUAGCGAUUUUUUGUAUCGAUCGUAAAGCACGAGUAAAAACCAAAUAGUUCAGUUGCGUAAAA